GGAACAUCUGAGCUUCCCUGCGGCCAUUGUUCCUGCUCCAAGGUACCUAAGGUAUUCCACACUGUGCAGACUAGUACAGAGCCAAAGCAUGGCCGGUUACUUACAGAUAAACCUCCAGUACCUCAAACUCCCCGCCGUUGAAACAGUGACGCCACGAUCCUGCCAAACCAUCAAUCUCUACCAUACCUCCUCGGGUCCGUUCCUUUGCGAGAAUCUCAAAACAUGCCAACACCACAGUCGACCCCCCGGGACCAAACGCCCCCAGACCCGAGCCGCUCUUGGGUACAUCCAACAGACCAGUCCCAUCCCACCAUCUCCGCACCAUCACCACCACCAACCCCAACAGCGCAACCGCCGACACAACAACAGCAACAACAACAGCCCCAACCCCAACCCCACCGCAAACCAACCCUAGCCGACGCCGCAGCAACCAUCAAACCGUCCGACUUCCUGACCUUCCACCAAGCGCCGUGCGCCCGCACGGGCCUGCUGACAGGCAUCGGCGCGGGCGCCGCGGUGGGAGUGCUCCGCUGGAUACAGGGCAAGCCGAUCCCCAAGGCGGCCAACUGGGCGGUGGGCGCCGGGGUGCUGGCGUCGCUGGGCCAGUACGAGUACUGCCAGUUCCAGCGGUACCAGGAGCGGGCCAAGGUGCGGCGGGUGGUCGAGGUGUACGCUGCGCAGCAGGCGCGGGAGCGGAAGGAGCGGGCGGAGCAGCAGGAGGAGGAGGAGAGGAGGAGACGAAGGGAGCGGGAGGAGGAGGAGGAACGGAGGAGGAGGAGGGCGUGGUGGCGGUUUUGGUGACGGUGAUAUAGAUUGAUUGAAGGGUUGUUGUUUGACAGGAGGGGGUUGGGUAACUCGGGAGGAAUACAGGGUCGAGCGCAAGCAUGAAAAAGACGGGUCCGGAGACUGUGUACCUUAUUUGGGGUGAUUAUUGCGUCCUGUAUUGUACAAUGCAAUCUCCUGAAUUGGAAACCACCGGUCAAGUGCCGCUAUGGGGGCACACAAAGCUCAAUUCUGAAGUCGACGCCAUGUACUUAUAACCCGUGAAGCCACGUCC